GAGUAAAUGGCACUUUGCAAGAGUUGGUAUGAGAGCAACAGUUGCAACUUUUAUGUAAAGUAAUUGAGAAGACUGUAUGGAGCUAAAGCCAUUCAUGGUGGGGCAAGGCUUCAAAUCCCUGCUAUAAGCAUGUUUGUUUAGCCUGAUCUGACAGGAAGAAAAAAAACAUAUAAUUGAAAAAGACAAGGAAAAGGUGUUUGCUUCAGAGUUUUAGCUGAUAUGGGACUUCAAAAGAAUACUUGGAAAACAAAACAAGUGUUUAUACUGCUUCAGGGACACAGAGAGAGUUGAAGGAUUGAAGAUGUCUGGGAAAGAAAAUGCAGAUGCAAAUUUGAGUGAAAUGGAAGGAGAAGAUAGUCUAAGGACAGUGAAUUGUUUAAGGGUGAGAUUGCUUGCAGAGAGAGUGGCUUCAAGAAAUGCAAGACAAGAAGCUGACCAAUUGGAAAACAAGUUGUUAGAACUGGAAAACCUGCUGAAGGAAGAGGCAAAAUCAAGAAACAGGGCUGAAAAGAAGCUGAAGUUCCUGAUGAAGAGGCUUCAAUCCAUGAGCAUUCCGUAUGCCACAGAUGAAUCACAACACUCUGGAUUGCUGGACACGACUGACAUUUCCUCUGCAUCAUCCUUAGCUUCAUCAGGCACAAAACAACCAGAAAAAGGCGAAAUUGUGCAGAUGAACAUCUCAACAGUGUCUGAAAGUCGAGAAUCAAAUGAGCAUGUUAAAUCCUCAAAAGGAGAUUUCGCCUAUCGUAGCAACGGAUGCCUUAACCAAGAAGAUGGUCACGAUCCCAACAACCACCUGGACAAUUCGAUGGCAUUAGUUCCAGUUGAUGUUCCGCAGAAAAAUCAGACCAUUGAUCCAGAAGUUCUUGAUAUGACGGUGAAAGAAGUGCUUGAUGCACUAAGGCGUGCUAAAGAACAACUUCAAAGUUCGAUGGAGAGAAGGCGCAUGAGCAUGAUUAAAGUUGGUUAAAGUAAUAUUCAGCAUUUAUUUGCCUGAGUUUAUAGCAUAGAUUGUUUGUCUCUUGUGUGGAUGGAUAUAUAUAUGUAGGAGAAGGAGAGUGCUUGAACUGAAUCAACGGCUCAAAAUUCAUAUGUAAUUCAGACUGUUGAACUACUGUAAUGGGAUUUCUGAGUCUUGUUCAUUUAAA